AUGAAAAAGAAACUAUUACGAAGUAACGAAGAUUCCGCUUCUCGAACUCAAGAAUCAAUACAAAAAGGACCUCACUCUUCUGAUAAUCCUACAGCUGAGGCACAAAGUACUGUUUCUUCCGAAAUAGUAGAAGCUAGUACAACAAAAAGCCUUUCGAAUUCUAUAUCUGAUAAACGAAUUACUGAAAAUAUGCUAGAUGGGGAUUAUCUGACUCCAGAGCCGGGAAUUUCUAUUGAUGAGGUAUUAGAAGCUUAUACUGAAAAUUCAGAACCGAUUCAGGAGUUAAAAACUCAAUGCUUCACAUCACCUAUCCCUUGGAAUAAUGCUCUUAAAUUUCCGAAUAAAACCAUAGCAGUGGAAGCAUAA